AGGAGUGCUUGCUCAAGCAAACCGGGUACGUAUAUAGCAACGUGGCUCGCCCGUUUCCUUGCACAUCAUUUUAGACCUCAGAAGCCUCUGGUGAAGUUUUGGGAUCAACGGUCAAGAAGAUGAAGAUUCUGGUAGCAGCUAUCUGUGUGGUGACCAUUGGCGUCAGCGCCCAGGUUGGGCCAUCCGGAAUCGUUAGCCCUGAUGGUGUCAAUACCCAGUUCACCCACGAAUUCGUAAACGACAUCGCUGUAUUUGGCCCUUCUGGUAUCGUGACAAAAUCAGGGACCAACCGUCAGCUCACCCAUGGUGAGGCCACCCUUAACGCAGCAGCCCCUGCACCUGUUCCAGUGGCUCACUUCGUCGUCAUGCCGAGAGGAGUCUUCGGAUACUCAGGCAUCGUCCGACCCGAUGGAAACAACGUCCAGUUCACUCAUGAACAGGCCAACAGCAUCGUCUUGGUAGGACCAUCUGGCGUCGUCACUAAGGAUGGGAAGAACAUCCAGCUCACUGAUGACCUCCAUUUUGCCCACCGUGCCAAACGCGCUCUCAUUGGACCCUCUGGAAUGAUCACUGAUGAUGGCACUCCAGUACAAUUCAGGACCCCUGGAGCUACCAUCCUUUUGGAAGGACCUUCUGGAUACAUCAUGUCUGACGGAACUCUCAUCCAGAAGGGAACGAGGAGAUUCCCAUAAGGAGUCCUUUGAUCCUCUGGAAUCAUUCCAAAAUCCAGUCAGAGUGGGGACUCCAUUGUUCUUACUGGUCCUUUUGGUAUUGUUUUUUUCUAGCAGAAAGAACAUCCAGUUCCAAUAAUGAUUGUUUGUUGAAAUAUUUUGUUUGUGAUAUUUUUUAAUAUAAGCUUAAAACCGA